UUUGACCCUGACUGCUCUGUUGCUCCUCUUGUUCAAGCAUCCACCUCUUAUCUCCUGGUAAGACAGACUGAACCAUAGGCAUUUUGCACAUGCUCAGUUUGGUGUGUAUUGCUAGAGAGAGUGCAUGUGAUCAGCACAGGGCCAAUCAGCACUGGUCAGACAGAGGUCAGGGGUUUUGCUUCCUCAUAGAGGAGAAUGAAAACUUCUCCUACAAGCUUUAAACAGUGCUCAGCUGGACACUGCUAGAAGCCACAAGACUGCUCUAACUUCUGAUAAGAAAAGGUAUUUAGCAGUUUAUAUUUACUAA